AUGACCCACAACUACACCACUGCCGAGACACCCAAGGCGGGUGUUUCCAGCGCCAAUCCACAAGAGACCGCCUCGUGGACCUCGACGCUCACCAUGUCGUGGAUGAAUGACCUCAUGCAACGUGGCGCGAUCACACCACUCACUGAAGACGACACAUGGCCAUUGGCGACAAGAGAUACGGUCAGCGCACUCCACGACCGCUUUGAUACGCAUUGGCAAGCCGAGAAGAGAACGGCGCAUCCUCGCUUUCACCGCGCGCUGUGGUACACGUUUCGCCACCAGCUCGUAUCCGAGCUCAUUCUCUACUGCGUAUACGCCGGUACUCUGCUCUUACAGCCGGCGCUGAUUCGGUCGAUCUUGAAGUACCUCGCCUCCGACGCCACCGGUAACGAUGGCUACGCGCUUGCAACGCUCCUCGCUCUCGUCUCGAUUCUCGCGGCGACAGUGAUUGACUUUGCCCAGUAUCUCAACAUGUGCACGGGCUGCAACGCCAAGUCGAUCGUCAUCGACAUGGUCGUUCGCAAAACGCUCACCCUCUCAGGCUUUGCCAAGCACGAGACGAACACCGGCGACAUUCUCACGUUGGCGUUCGUGGAUGCAGAGCGCGUGUCCGUAGGCUUUGUCUAUGGUCAUUGGGUCGUCCUUGCCCCUCUGAUGCUCCUCGCCGCGUACCUCUUGAUUGGCGUCGAGCUCGGCGCCAUCGUUGGUCUUGCGGGCGGUGCCACGACAAUGUUCUUGAUGUACGUUGGGUACGACUCGGGGCGCAAGGCCGGCGAGACACGGCGACGCCUUCUUAGCGUCCAAGCACACCGGUUCAAGCUCACCAACGAGGUUCUCCAGGGCAUUCGCGUCGUCAAGCUAAACGCGUGGGAAGGUCACCUCGAAGCGCAGCUGGCAACGGUCCGCGACCAAGAGCUCGUCCUUCUAAAGGCGUACCAGACGCACUAUACGUUCACGUCGGUCGUGCUGUACAUUGCGCCCGGUAUCUCCCUAGUAGCGUGUCUCUUGGUGUACGUCGCCUUGGGCAACGUACUUACGGCCCCUGUCGCGUUCACUGCGCUCGCCUACGCCAACGUCAUGCGGUUCCCCUGCACCGUGUUUGCGACGGCGGUGACGCUCACGUCCGAGACACUCGCAUCGUGUGACCGCCUCGGUGCCUUCUUGACGUCCGACGAAGCCACGACAACUUGUAUGGCUACGACCCAAGGCCCAUCGAGCGUGCAGAUGACAAAUGCGGCGUUUAGCUGGGCAGCGCCCGCGUCGGUCCCCAACGUACCGCCGCCCACACUACGCAACCUCUCGUUCACCUUGCUACCCGGUAGCCUCACGAUCGUCGUUGGCCCCGUCGGUAGCGGCAAAUCGAGCCUCGUGAGCACGAUCCUUGGUGAGAUGCACCAAGUGAGCGGCCAGCGCUCUGUCUGCAAUCGCCUCUCGUACGUCAACCAAGAGGCAUGGAUCCAGCACACGACGCUCAGGAACAACAUCCUCUUCCACAACGGCUUCGACGCCGACUACUACGACGCCGUUCUCGCUGCGUGUCAGCUGGGACCCGACCUCGCCAUGCUGCCAAACGGCGACGCGACCGAGAUUGGCGAGCGCGGCAUCAACUUGAGCGGCGGCCAGAAAGCGCGCGUGAGCUUGGCGCGGGGUGUCUACCAUCGUAGCGCCGACCUCUAUCUCCUCGACGAUCCGCUGAGCGCGCUCGAUGUUCAUGUGGCCACCGCCGUCUUUCACGAGUGCAUUCGCGGCCUUCUUCGCGGCAAGACGACGAUGCUGGUGCUCAACAGUCACUACCAUUUUCUGCCACUCGCGGACCGCGUUUUGAUCCUGGACGACGGCGCAAUCGUCGGCGACGGCACGUACGAGUCGCUCAAGUCGACGCACGCGCAUUUGAUGAACUUUACCGAGUCGACCGACGCCGAGUCGACACUCGACGAGUCGACGACAAAGUCAGUGCUCAUGGGACCCAAGAAAGAGCCUGUAAGCGGCCUUGUCGAGAAGGAAGACCGCGCCCAAGGUGCCGUCUCGGCCGCGACGUACAAGGCGUAUUUUGGCGCCAGUGGCUCCAACGGGCUUUUUGUAGCGGUGUGCAUCGGUGUCUUCUUUACGGUCUCACAAGCGGUGCUGGUGCUGACCGACUGGUUCAUGAGCUACUGGGCCAGCCACACAGAGAUGACGGCUUCCAUCUCGUCCGGGUACAUUUACCUCGGGUGUGCGCUGCUCUCGGUGCUCUUGGUCUACGGUCGGUCGCUACUCGUGCUUCAGAUUGCCGUCCAGUGCUCGCAGUCGCUGCAUGCGAUGCUUCUGCGCAAGGUCCUUCACGCGCCCGUCAGCACCUUCUUUGACGUCACGCCCAUCGGCCGUAUUCUCAACCGGUUCUCGAACGACUUGGAUCAAAUCGACUCGCAGCUGCCAAGCUUUGGUCUUCUCGUGCUCCAGUUCCUCUUUCAGAUCCUCGCGAUCCUCGUCGUGUGCGCUCUCUCGACGCCGUUCAUCCUCAUUGCGUACAUCCCGAUCUUCUAUCUCUUCUUCAAGCUGCAGCAGUUCUACAACAAGUCGUCGAGCGAACUCAAGCGGCUCGAGAGCAUCAGUCGGUCGCCGGUCGUCACACUCGUCGCAGAGGCGCUCAGCGGUCUCUCAACGAUCCGGGCGUUUGACAAAACCGACCACGUCCUCGCCAAGCAGCGUGACGCAAUCGACCACUACAUGGGUCUCUCGUUCCUCUACAAGUGCUCGGCGCGCUGGUUCCAAAUGCGUCUCGAUUGGCUCAGCGCUGGCAUCCUCGCGGGCGUUGCCUUUAUCUGCGUUGCAACCAAGGCGUCGAUCGGGCUCGCGGCCGCGGGUCUGACGCUCACGUACGCGUCGCAGCUCUCGGGCUUCUUGUCCAAGCUCUCGAAAAUGUACUCGACCGUGCAAAACCUCAUGACGUCGGUCGAGCGCCUCAGGCAUUACGAGUCGCUGCCAACCGAAGACGACGACAUGAUGGCGCUGCUCGAUGUUGUCGACGCAUCGUGGCCCACAUCGGGUAACCUUUUAUUUACCAACGUCUCGAUGCGGUACCGCGACCACCUUGACCUUGUCCUCAAGGAUGUGUCGUUCACGGUGCCAGCAGGCGCCAAAGUGGGUAUUGUCGGUCGCACUGGCUCGGGCAAGAGCUCGCUCGUGGCGUCGCUCUUCCGCAUGGUGCCGAUAGCGUCGGGCUCUAUCGUCCUGGAUGGUGUCGACCUUGGUCAUGUGCCGGUGACGACACUCCGAUCACGGCUGACGAUCAUCCCGCAAGACCCGGUGCUCUUCUCGGGUUCCAUCCGCUUUAACUUGGAUCCGUCGAGUGCUUUGAGCGACGACGAGGUCUGGCGCGUGCUCAAGCGAGUCCACUUGGCCAAUGCGAUUGGAUCGCUCGACAACCAAGUCGCCGAGCGCGGCAGCAACUUCUCGGUCGGUCAGCGCCAGCUGCUCUGCAUCGCCCGCGCCUUGUUGCGGAAGACCAAGGUCGUCGUCCUCGACGAAGCGACGGCCAACAUUGACCUCGAGUCAGACAAGCGCAUCCAGGCGACGAUCAAGGAGUGCUUUGUCAGCGUCACGAUGCUCAUCAUUGCGCAUCGGCUGCACACGAUCAUCGACGCCGAUCGGAUUCUGGUGCUGGACGCUGGUCGCGUCAUCGAGUACGACACGCCGACGGCACUACUGACCACCGCUGGUGGCGCGUUUGCAAAGUUGGCCGCGCAGGCGCAGUUGCAGGUGGCGACGCAAGACGAUAUUGUCUCGAUGUCGUAGACACUGCGUAUAAGUAUGGAAACGUGCAAUCAAAGC